AUGGCGAGCAGAGACGACGACUACAACCAGGGGACCGGUUCUGCCGACCCGGAGCAGCUAUACUCAAAAGAGUACUGCAUUGGAGGAGGCAGUUUCGGCAAGGUCUACAAAGGCGUCGACAAGCGGACUGGCCAGGCCGUCGCAAUCAAGAUUAUCGAUAUUGAAAGCGCCGAGGACGAGGUCGAGGACAUUAUCCAAGAGAUUGCCAUUCUGUCCGAGCUCCAAUCCCCCUAUGUCACCAAAUACUACGGCUCCUAUGCCAAAGGCGCCGAGCUGUGGAUCGUCAUGGAGUUCUGCUCCGGUGGCAGCUGUGCCGAUCUCAUGAAGCCCGGUCUCAUUGGCGAAGACUACAUUGCCAUCAUUGUGCGCGAGCUGCUGCUCGGCCUGGACUACCUCCAUGCCGACAAGAAGCUCCACCGCGAUAUCAAGGCCGCAAACGUCCUGCUCGGCUCCAACGGCCAGGUCAAACUGGCCGACUUUGGUGUUUCCGGCCAGCUGUCCGCCACCAUGACCAAGAAGAACACCUUUGUCGGUACGCCGUUUUGGAUGGCCCCCGAGGUCAUCAAGCAGUCCGGCUACGACCACAAGGCCGACAUUUGGUCCCUUGGCAUCACCGCCCUUGAGCUGGCCAACGGCGAGCCGCCCUACGCCGACAUCCACCCCAUGAAGGUGCUCUUUCUCAUCCCCAAAAACCCACCGCCACGCCUUGAAGGCAACUUCACCAAGGCAUUCAAGGACUUUAUCGAGGUCUGCCUGCGCCGCGACCCCAAAGAACGGCCGACCGCCCGCGACCUGCUCCGCCACCCCUUCAUCCGUCGCGCCAAGAAGACAAGCUACCUAACGGAGCUCAUCGAGCGCCACAGCCGAUGGAGUGCCACACAUAAGGGCAGUGGGGAUGAAGACGACUACGACGACGACGAUGGCGGCCACACGCAUACGCAGCAAGGACAGGGGCAUGGCGGUGUUGCUGCUGACCGUGAGCCUGUCAACGAGGACAUGUGGGACUUUGGCACCGUUCGCUUGGUGGGUGGCGGCGGCGGACCGCCUGGGUAUGCUCAGCCGCAUCCGGGCUUCCGUCCCGGCCUCAAUGCCAUGGAUGAGGCAGCCACGAACGCCCGUUCGUCGCGGUCCAGUGAAUCCUCCGACGACUACGGCGAAACGCGGCGGGAAACCAGCCGCAGUCCGACCAAGGCCACCUUUGACCGCGAACGCGACACCCUCAAAGCCGCAACAGCAGCAUCUGCCUCGGCAACAUCUGGAACGGCGCGGCAAGUCAGUCCUCAACGGAAACCGGUCUCGAGCAUGAUCAACAUACCGCCGCCAACCGGCGGCCCUGGUCCCCUCUCCCAGCCGUCUCUGCAGUCUUUGCAGCUCCAAGCACAACAACAACAUCAGCUACAACAGCAACAGCAACAGCAACAAUUAGCACAGCAGCAACUACAACAGCAACAGUAUGUUCAGCCACAUCUACCCGAAACACCACGAGCGGCUGCCAGCAGCAACAGCAACGGAGACCUGCGCCCCACGGCAGAGAACGCGUCUCCCGUGCAGCCAUCGCCCGACUACGACCGCGUACUGUCGGACCAGCUGCAGCGCGAUAUGGGCGGCAUGAAUCUCGCCUCCGCCAUCAACUCACCGUCACGGCAGCCCUCGGCAUCGUUUGACCCAUUCCAACAGCCACCGAAUCGGCAGAACGAGCGGCAUUCCCUAGUCUCCAAGAGCUCACAACAACACAUGGAGCCAGGUUCUCUGGCACCAGCAAUUCCAUCGCUGGCCGGGUCUUCGUCGUCCCGUCCUCAGUCUCGUGUUGGUCCCAUGCAGCUGCCUGAGAUCCCUCCUUUCCGCGGCGGUGCAGCGGCGCAGGCAAGUACCGAGGUACGGCCACUGGUACAACAGCCAUUGCAGCCAAAAACCGUCCUACAACCACCGCCAGGGCUACCCGUGCCGCAGCAGGGCCAGGCGAUGUUCCCGCCGCAACAGAAUGCACAGAUCUCAAACAACCUACCCGCAUGGCCUCAACAACAACAACAACAGCAGCAGCAGCAGCAGCAGCAACACCAGCUUCGGUCCAAUGCGGUGCCAUCUCAGAACCAGCUACUUGCCCUACCUGAGCCGACAGGCACGCCCGUCUCGUUUCCCUCGCCGGCCCCGGCCAACCCCAAUGGUGACCUUGAUGCGCUUAACGACGUCAUUUUCCCUGCCCUCGAGGAAGCCCUCAAGCGGAGGCAGAUCCGCGUGCAGAAGCUGGCCCGUACCGCCACGACAACCGCGACGACUGCGGCUGGUGUUGAGCUACAACAGCAGCAGCGAGCCCAGGUGGCCCAGGCUGAAGUAGCUCACGACAAGAUCCGCCGGCUGGUGUACAAGCUUGCCCAUGUCUGCAAGGAGAUUGACCACUUUGACAAGGCUGAGCCUGUCGGUAUGGGCAAGGACGUGGGCACAUUUCUUGAAGGUCUUCUUGAGGAGAUUCUCGUGCGUGUCGAGCCUCUCGACGAAGAGGCCGUGUAG